AUGGGACAGCAUAGUAACUUAUCUUUACUCUCUUCUGUUGUCACAGUGGGUUCAUUGCUGUUUGGAGCCUAUUCCACUUACCAAUUGUUAUAUUGCAAAUCAGAUGAAAUAUCAAAACCUAAAGAUGGUGUGGAAGAACUAAUAGGGAACACACAAAUGGUGAAGAUUAGAUCACUAUCUAAUGCCACAGGGGCAGAAAUAUACGCCAAGUUAGAGCUAGGAAAUCCGGCCGGUAGUGCCAAGGAUCGUGUUGCUUUAAAUAUUAUCAAGAUGGCAGAAAAACGAGGAGAUUUGGUCAGAGGGGAACCUGGUUGGGUGUUUGAAGGUACAAGUGGUUCUACAGGGAUAUCUAUUGCUAUGAUAUGUAAUGCACUUGGCUAUAGGGCACACAUUUCCUUACCGGAUGAUACAUCCUUAGAAAAAUUGGCAUUGUUGGAGAGUCUUGGUGCCACUGUGAAUAAAGUCAAGCCUGCAAGUAUUGUAGACCCUAAUCAGUACGUUAAUGCAGCCAAGAAAGCAUGUGAAACUUUACUAAGGGAGAAUGAGGAUGGUAGUGUGAAGGGAGUAUUUGCAGACCAAUUUGAAAACGAGGCGAAUUGGCGUGUUCAUUAUGAGACUACUGGGCCUGAAAUUUAUAAGCAGAUGGAAGGUAGAAUAGAUGGGUUUAUUGCAGGGUGUGGUACAGGUGGUACCAUCUCAGGAGUAUCCAAAUAUUUGAAGGAAAAGGCUAACGUUUCGUGUAAAGUUGUACUAGCUGAUCCUCAAGGGUCAGGUUUCUACAAUAGAAUUAAUCAUGGUGUCAUGUAUGAUUUUGUUGAGAAGGAGGGAACUAGACGGAGACAUCAAGUGGAUACGAUCAUUGAAGGUAUUGGUUUAAAUAGGAUUACAAAAAACUUCCGUAAGGGAGAAACGUUUAUCGAUUCCUCGAUCCGUGUGAGUGAUCAACAGGCUCUUGAUAUGGCAAAAUAUUUAUCCGUCAAUGAUGGGCUCUUUGUUGGGAGUAGCACUGCCAUCAACGCAGUAGCUGCUGUGAAGCUAGCUAAAGAGUUAGGGCCGGGAUCGAGGAUAGUGAUCAUUGCGUGCGACAGCGGUUCGCGACACCUAAGUAAAUUCUGGAAGGAGGCCCGGGAGGUAAACAGAGACCUCACUCUAGAGCAGGCAAUGCACUAG